AUGGCAGCCUUCUUUAUUGGCAUCAAGGAAGCUCAGAGAUUAAAGGUUGAAAAGUUAUGGGUGGAAUGUGAUUCGGCUUCGGUAGUCUCUGCAAUCCUCAGUUCUAAAAUUCCAUGGAGUUUCCUUCAAGUGUGGUGGUCUGCGACAAGCUAUUUUCACUCCUCCCAGUGGCGUAUAACUCACUGUUACAGAGAAGGAAACACACUUGCAGAUGCCCUUGCGAAACGUGCUGCUACUUCGAAAGUGUCAUGUAUCUGGGACACAAUGCCAAGUUUCAUUCUACAUUCAGUUGUAUGGGAGGCAUUGGGCCGGCCACUUUAUAGAUUUGAGUGA